AAUAAUAAUAUUAUUAUACAUACGGUCGUGUCUUGUAUUUUCUUUUUGUCCCCUAUGGUGUUCCAAACAUUCACACUGAUAGACAAUGGUACAACAAAGGCCUUUUAUUUAUUAGUUUAAAACUCCCCCGUUGUCGCGUUACGUAGCACGAACAUUAUUAUUACUAUUAUUAUUAUUAUUAUUAUUAUUAUUAUUGGACAUCCAUUAUUUUCCACUGUACACCACCCUCGCUCGAUACAACACCAUUUGAUCUUUCUGUGCGCACAGUGUAUGGCCGAAAAAUCGUCGACAUUCUUUUAAUCAGUUUAUUAUAUUAUUAUGGCCAAUUGGAUGGUCUAAAGUACAUAUUGCAACGAAAAAGUUACUCAGUUUCAACAAUAUAAAAAUGGAGGAAAGUCACCCAACAUCGUCGUCUGAUAUAACAGACAACCAUGAAGAGGAUUGUAAAGUAACAUGGACACAUCCAAGUCAUAUUUUUCAACGACUUAUAGCAUUAUUUUUGAUGUGUUUAAUUGGAUUUGGUUCAUAUUUUUGUUUUGAUAAUCCCGGAGCACUACAAGAUAAUUUUAUUCAAGACAUGAAUUUAACAACUUCUCAAUUUGUCUAUCUGUAUUCGUGGUAUUCAUGGCCGAAUGUUAUAAUGUGUUUCAUUGGUGGAUUUUUGAUUGACAGUGUUUUUGGGAUACGUUUAGGUACUGUCAUCUACGCAUUAUUGGUUGUUCUUGGUCAAAUAGUAUUUGCUGCUGGAGCAUAUUUGAACGCCCUCUGGAUUAUGAUACUUGGCCGUCUGAUAUUUGGAAUUGGCGGAGAGUCAUUGGCUGUUGCUCAAAAUAACUAUGCAGUAUUGUGGUUUAAAGGAAAAGAACUUAAUAUGGUGUUUGGAUUUCAAAUAAGUUUUGCCAGAGUUGGUUCAACAGUAAAUUUCAUAGUUAUGGAACCAUUAUAUCGAUAUAUAAAAAAUCAAAUAAAUGUCCCUAACUAUCAAAGUUUAUCAAUUGCUUUGUUAGUUGCAAGCUUAACCUGUGUCUUAUCAUUGGUAAGUGCCUUAUUACUUGCUUGGCAAGAUAAAAGAGCCGAAAAACUACUACACCGAAAAACACCUGAUGCUACUGAAGUCGUAAAAAUGUCUGAUGUGCGAUACUUUCCAAAAGUCUUUUGGCUAGUCACAUUCAUUAUUGUUUUCUAUUAUACAUCAAUUUUUCCAUUUGUUGCAUUAGGAAAAGUAUUCUUUGAAAAAAAGUAUAACUAUUCGCCCGAUUCAGCCAAUUUGAUUAAUGGCAUUAUUUACAUCAUAUCAUCUAUAUGUGCACCAGGACUUGGUUUAGUCAUUGAUAAAACUGGAAGAAACCUAUUUUGGGUAUUCUUAUCAAUUCUUGGUACCUUAGUUUCACAUAUGUUCCUGGCAUUUACAUUUGUAAACCCCUAUAUUGCCAUGUUAACAAUGGGAUUGUCUUACUCAAUGUUGGCAAGUGCAUUAUGGCCUCUGAUUGCAAUGGUUAUUCCUGAACAUCAAAUGGGAACAGCUUAUGGCAUAGCACAAUCCGUUGAAAAUCUUGGUCUUGCUGUUGUUGCAUUGUUAAGCGGUAUAAUAGUUGACUCAGAUGGUUACUAUAUGGUGGAAUUAUUUUUCUGUCUUUUAUUAUCAGCUGCUUUGUUGCUGACGGCUAUUUUGUGGACAUGGGAUUCAAUGAAUAAUGGAAUAUUAAAUAUGAGUAUUAAACAAAGAAAUCAACUUGAAUCAAACAAAACUCCUUCUCCGGAAAAACAAAAUCUUUUACACAAUAAUGACACCUAUAUCGAAGACUAAAUAUUAACCUUAACUUUUAAGUAAACUUUUAUAUAUUAUGUAAGAAAUUAAUCUUUGAACAACGUGUUAUCUUUACAUAAAUAAUUCAUAACUUAUACUGAUGUACAACAAAUAUAUUCAAAACCAAAUUAUAUUAAACUCAUACUUAAACAUUACAUGUGCAUAUUAUUUGUACAUGCGUGUUGCAUAUAUUAAUGAUCAGUAUAAACAGUAUGAUUUUUUUAAACAUAGAAGACUAAUUAUUUUAAAAUAUUAAUUUUUUUUUUAUGAUUUUAAAUAUAACAAACUAUAUUUUUUAAAUGUUUAUUUGUGUAUUAUAUUAUUAUAAACCUGUAAAAUUGAUACCAGGAUAAUUGUAUGGAGUAUGAUAAAUAAUAAUUGAUAACAAACUUAAGUCUUCAAAUAAUUUAAUUGGGCAUCUUACAUUGACUAUUCUUUAAAUUCUUUACAUAACUGAGCAUUCAUUUUUUCCAAUUAUUCAUUAAAAUAUUUAUUUAGUUUUAGUUUUUUAUAAUAUAUAAUAUUAAUAUUUAGUAUGCCUAAUAUAAAAUAUAUUGUAUAUUAUAACAGCAAUUAUAAAUAUUAAUUUACUGUUAAAAAACAACUUAUUGUGUGUUCAUUUCUUGUUUAACAUAACUCAGUAUGUUAAAAUUAAAAUUUUCAACUUUUAAUGACCUACAUUUUAAUUUAAAAUUAUAUUUCCAAGUUUUCUGAUCGUUUUAACUUUAAAAAAUUAGUUUUGAAUACUCGUUUAUUAUUAAUAAUUAUUAUUUUAGUUAAAAAAAGGACUGCAAAUAUUAAUAUGAAACAAUAUGCAAUAAUUUUCUUCUCUUCUAAUAUAAGCUUAAAACAAUUGCAGAACUUCAUGUCAUUAAAGAAAAGAAAAGAAAAAUUAAUAAUUAUUCUGCAAUACGACUAUUGUUAAAAACUUCAGCUGUACAACUUAAUCAAAAAAAUCUAUUUCAUAAUUUUGUUACCCUUUUAUUAUAAAACAUUUUUAUGAAAAUAACAUGAUCGAAAUUAAGUUUUUGUUAUUUAAAACAAAUAAUUAUAAUUUGGUUUAAUAAGUUCAACACUUCAGAUUGUUAUUAUAUUUAUACAAAUACCUUGUAAUCAAAAGUCUGUACAACAUUUAUCUAUAAGAAAACAAUAUGUGCAAAGUACCUAAUCAUUAUAAUAUAAUGUUUCAAAUACUUGCACAUUAACUUUCAUAGACUAAUUGAAUAUAUGUUACGUAAUUAUUAGGAAGCCUAUUAUUUUUAUCAUUGUAUUAUUGUCAUUCCUUUUUUUAUAUUUUACAUAUUAUUAUUGUGUUAAUAAUAUUAUCUGAUGAGUUUUAAUAAUUUUACUUAUGUGUUAUACAUUUUAAACUGUAAAGUAAUAUAGGUGUGUAGUGAUAUUAUUUAAAAUUACUACCUAUAAUUCUAUAUUUUUAAUUUGUAAUCUAUAGUUUUGCAUAGAAGUACAAUUGGUUGUCUCAUUAAGAAAUUAAGUAUAUGAUUUACUUAAAGUUAACUAAAAAUGUACACUAAAUUAUUUAAUUAUAAGAUUACUAUUAUGUACUAUUGAUGAUAAGACUUUGUUGGUCGAAUAUACAAAAUACAAUAAUACAUAACCUGUAAUAAGUAAUAUACAAAAUAAAAAAAAUGUAUGCGUAAUA